AAGAAUGAACCAUCGUUGAGAUCUUCUGAAAUUAAUCAGUCUCGAAGUCUCUGGAGAUUGUCUUAAAUCAUGGACUCUAUGGAUAUUGAUCAAAGUAACAGAGGUGAAUCGCCUCACCUUCUGCUGAGACCAGUAAGGCCAAUGGAAUCUGGUGAAGGUUUACCAUAUGCUCCUGAGAAUUGGCCUAAUCCCGGAGAUACUUGGCAUUGGAAGGCUGGACCGAGAGUUAGCGGUAAAGGCUACUUUGUGGAUAGAUACUUAUAUCCUCCUAAGCAUCUUCCGGGUUUAGAUACUGAAAUAUGGCGGAAAAAUAAAGUAUUUAGGAGCAGGCUCUCACUCGAACGAUACAUUCGUGUUACCUUCCCUGAAGCGGAUGUUCAAAAGUUCUUUGCUUCUUUCAGCUGGAGCAUACCCUGUAGAGAUGGUGAGAUGCCUCAGAAGCAGGUUCUGUUGCCAGUGUAUAGCUCAGAUGAGGAUCCAAUGCAUGAUAAUGGAUCUGAUACUGCGGUUUGUAAGGCUGGUAAUGACAAAUGUGGGAGCCUGAUGCCACAGUGUGAAGCCGAGACUUUACCUGCUAUGCCUUGUGACAUUUGCUGCGGUGAACCUAAUUUCUGCUCUGAUUGCUGUUGCAUCCUUUGCUGCAAGUUAAUAAGUUUGGAGCAUGAAGGUUAUAGCUAUAUCAAGUGUGAAGCUGUGGUUUCCGAGGGUCAUAUAUGUGGACAUGUUGCUCAUGUGAACUGUGCUCUUCGAGCUUACAUGGCUGGAACCAUUGGAGGCAGCUUCGGGUUGGAUGCUGAGUACUACUGCAGGCGAUGUGACGCCAAAAAGGACUUGGUUCCACAUGUCAACAAGUUUCUAGAAAUAUGUCAGACUGUAGAAUAUCAAGGCGACGUGGAGAAGAUCCUGAAUCUCGGUAUUUGUAUCCUGCAGGGCUCACAAAGAGACAAUGCUAAAGAACUAUUAAAUUGUAUCGAAUCAACAGUCAUCAAGCUUAAAUGCGGCACGAGCUUGGAAGAUCUCUGGAAUGAUGAUACACCAACUAUAUGGUCAGAUUACUCCGACAGUGGAGAAGCUAGAGACAAUGAUACAUUGCAAAGUUUACAGGACGUGACUCCAAUUGGGCCCAUACCAUUCAACCAUGAGGCUGAGAUGCACAAACUCGAGGAAGAAAUCGGCGAGGUUCUAAGAGCACUGAGAAAGGCUCAGGAAUUUGAGUACCAAAUUGCAGAAGGCAAACUUCAUGCUCAGAAAGAAUGUCUGAGUGAUCUGUAUAGGCAACUCGAGAAGGAGAAGGCAGAGCUGUCGAGGCGAGUAUCAGGUACAGAUGUGAAUACCUUGAUGACGAAUGUGUUGAAGAGAUUGGAUCAGAUUAGAAAAGAAGUCACAAAGCUUAAAGAAAUGGAAGAAGUAGCCAAGGGAUUUGGUAGGACACCUAGAGGAGUUCUUGAAGAGUACUUUCAUCUAAGCAUCGAGGACUAAGCACAUCUGAGUUAUAAUCAUAAUUGUACAUUCGUUAUGACGUUUGUUUGCUAAGUUUUUGAUUCUUCCUCGUAAAUCUGAGUUUUGGAUGAUCAUUUAUUUAUUCAUUAAUCAAUUUACGAGUAACCAAUGCACAGAAUGUACAAUGAAAAGGUCUUAUUAUU